AUGCCAGACAUUGAAGAUUUUGAAAACCAAGAAGGAGAGGUUACCGGUAUUAGUUUGGAGAAUAGAAUGCCGCCCAAACAGAGGAAGCAGUACUCCGACGAGAUGAUGCACGAGGCAAUCCUAGCAGUGAGGGGAGGAGAGUCCAUUUCCUGUGCUUCAAAACGGCUUGGGGUACCGAGAAUGACACUCUCAGACAAGCUAUCAGGCCGAACACCUCAAGUUUGUAAAUUAGGGCGAAAGAUGGUCCUUUCAUCUGACGAAGAAGAUGUGCUUGUCCAAUGGGUUCUCAGUUGCCAGACGUCGGGAUUACCCAUCAAUUCUGAUCAGCUGAUCGAAAGCAUAAAAACACUUGUCGAAAAGUUGGGGAAAGAGACCCCUUUUACCGAAGAUAUGCCUGGUAAAAGAUGGCUGGAGAUAUUCCUCAAACGCCAUCCGGAAAUUUCAGUUAGGAAGCCACAAAAACUUACCCUUUCUAGGAGCAGCAUCACUCCGGAAGCACUCGAAAAUUGGUUUAAAGAAGUAAAGGAGUACAUGACCUCACAUGGCCUUCUUGACAUCUUAGAUGACUGGUCAAGAAUCUACAACUGUGAUGAGAGUGCUUUUUUUUGUCACCAGAACAAGUAA